GUUAUUUAACAGAAGUCAAAUAUCAUCGAAACAUUUUAAUCAGUAAAAAGUAACGUUUAGACAUACGCUUACACUGUUCUAAAUAGGGGCAUCAACGAUACAAAGUAUUUUGAAAUUAGAAAGAAUAACAUAAUUUCAUAUGAUUUAUGGGAAUAUAAUUCUUCAAUCUGAUCAAAUUAUUGUAGUUAAAAAUAUCAUUAUCAUGAAUAAACAGAUUACUAUGUUUUAUUUCAAUAUCAUCUUAAAACAUGUGACGUAAAAUGAAAGAGGCAAAGGAAAUAUAAUGCAAGUCAUAGAUCUUAGCAUGUUUUCAUCUUGCAAUACAAGAUAGGAGCUUUUGGAACUGAUCAUCCAGCUAUCAUAUUCCCACUCUCUACUUUGUACAAAUUCUUAUUUAUCUCUUUGCAGCUCAUUUUUCGGUUUGUAUGACUGUUGAUACCUCAGGUAUAUUUUGUAAGAUUUUAGAUCCGGCCGUGUAGAUUGAGCUGGGAGAAUCGAUUCAGGCAUUCAUUUAUUUUACACAGAUCUAUGGAUCGCGGCGCCUUGAUUUCGAUCCCCGGCCGCGAAAUAUGAUCUCUGUGACGAUUUGAUAUGGUAUCCGAAAUCAUUCGUCCUCCACGUCUGAUUAAUGUUGAGAAGUUUGCAAUUACUUGCUGAGAACAGGUUUGUACUGCUACAGAAUCCAGGUUAGUUACUUAACUGAAAUACUGUUGAAAAACGGCGUUAAACUCAAAACAAACAAAAUACGUCUACCUCUUUAUUUCAGAAAAGCGAUAAACAACGGUUGAUGCGCGGACCGGUAAAAGAGUAUUAUGAGGUAAAUUAUGACGACCUCCGGUUCUAUACUACUCAGAUAAAUGAAGUCCAUCAUAUUUUUAUAUACAAAUAUCUGAUAACAUAGGAAUAUGUAAGGAUGAAAACAAUCAAGGCCUUCUUGUAGGUUGUCGUCUAAUUUACCACGGUUAAUUGUUCAGCUGCUUAGAUAUUAAUAAAAUCUGGAAAGUAGAUUAAAACUCUCGGCCGUCACUACUCGGGCUGACGCUCUCGUUGUUAAAAUCAGCACACCUGAGCUCUGAGCCUUGAAAAUUCAGACGACACACCACUGAAGGCCUUGAUUAUAUCACUGCUAGAUCACUUACCUCACGUCUAAAACCGACUUCUUUACUAACAACGCACAACUAAGCGGUACCACACCCUGUGGGUUGUGAGUAAUGAAAUCCAAGCUUAGUUUCUACUGAAAAGAAAUCAACCUCGUGUAAGAGCCUUAGAUUCUCCUGUAGUGCACUCAAACAUGAUCUGUUUCGACGCUCACUCAUUGAAUCUCCUUUUUGUACCUGUAGUUCAGUGAAGACAGUAAGUCACUUUUUAACAUCCUGUCCUUAUUACACACAGCAAAGACACAACAUCUUGACUCAUCUUCCUUGUCCAUUAAAAGCUGAGACCGUUCUGUUUUGUAACGAAUACCUAACUUUUGAGCAAAAUAAACAUAUAAUACUAAAAACCUAGAAAUACAUCGAUGCGACAGGUCGUUUUGACUCUGAUUAAGUUGGCGAUUGGAUUAGGUCAAGAAGAGCUGAACCUUUUUUCUUUUGUUUUUUCUUCUUAUUUUCUUUUUUCCUCUCUCCAACCCGCUCCUGUGUAUUAUUUCACACAUUUUCAUAUUCUUACUUACAUACUUUUUUGUAUUAUCUGUUCAUACAUAUGUUUCUUUUGAUUUCAUUUUUGUUGUUCACUUGUAUAUUUAAUCUGCCAUAACAAACAGUUUAAUAUGUAUAGUAACUAUAGGAGACGGACACGAUAAGUUACACUGUAACUUUUUUCCUAAUCCUUAUUUUAUCUGUAGAAAUGUUGUAUCAUGUUAUGCAUAUUUGAAUAAAAAUACUGUUUAAACUAACCUCGUGUCAGAUUUUAUCAUCUUCGAAAUAUGAGAGUGGUAAAUCAGCUUUAUAUAUGUGCCACCCUAAAGUUUAGAUUAGGGUCUGACAAUUGCCAAGCGCAGUUAAGAUUAAGGCCAAAACACUGUGCCUUUCUAAUCGUAAAGAACACAUUAAAGUGACAAAAUGCAAAAUUAAAAAAGGGCCUGUUUCAUGUACCUGUCCCAUAACUAAUCAGAUGUAUAAAUCGGGAAGACGGUAAUUCUUUAUUUUGAUAAUCUCAUAAUUCAUCGAAUGACUCGCUUUUAACAUCUUUACCUGAGGUGUUUUAUGAAUAUAUUUAUUUAAUAGCUUAAUCGUUGAAGCGUUUCUUUGGACGAGGGUUCUUUGGUAGGAUUAAACGAAGUUUUACUUCCUAGUAGUGACGAAUGAAACUUUACGUAUAUACGACAUGAGGCAUGGAAAAUUUGAACAUUAUCAGAUAUUGGAUUAUAUCUUUUUUAGUUUUCUACGAGUUCAAAGUGUUGCUGUGUCUGGACUGUGAUUUUGACAAUGAUUUUUGUGAUUGGAACAAUGACGAAACCUGCAACGUUACAUGGACCAGACAACAUGGAAACACUCCGUCUGCUUACACUGGACCUGAAUCAGAUCAUACAACCGGAAAUGGUCAUUAUAUCUACAUAGAAGCAAGUGACACGCGAGAAUAUGAAGAAAAGGCCAGGCUAAUCAGUCCCAUGGAAGAAUCCGGUCCCUUUUGCCUUAUGUUCUGGUAUAGUAUGUAUGGACAACACAUUGGUAGUUUGCAUGUUUAUAUGAGGACAAACACGAGUGUUGAUAUACCGCUUUUCACCAAGAAUCAUAGCAUGAGUACAAACAAGUGGAUAAAAGCGGUCAUCAGCAAAAUUGCACCCGUUGAUUAUCAGGUUAUCCUAGAAGGUGUAGUAGGCAAAGGUGUUAAGGGUGAUAUUGCCGUCGAUGAUAUUUCUUUGACUAAAGAAAUGUGUUCUGCAGAGUGUGCUUUUGAAAUCGGAUUCUGUAAUUGGGACCAAGAUAGAAAUGACAAUUUUGACUGGACGAGACAGUCCGGAAAAACGCAAACACCUAACACCGGACCACUAGCAGAUCAUACAUCUGGAAGUAACCAAAAGAAUGAUACGAAAAGUAUGGACUGGAGAGACUCUGAAAUAAGCUUUCAGUCUGCUUUUGAAUAUCAGAUCAUUAUUGAGGGCGUUUCCGGAAAUGGCUACCAAGGUGACAUUGCAAUCGAUGAUGUUUUAUUGAAAGCUGAACUGUGCCAUACCAACACAGCAAUUAGAAUUGUGACACUAUCAUCAUGUCAACCACAGACACCUAAUAGAAAUUUUACAUUAGAAACAACGGCAAAGACAGGGGAAGCAAGACUAUCUACAAUGAUUUAUUCAACUACCAGUCCAACGAAUGAAACAACGAUUGGAACAAACAAAACUAUAACUACGUUUGUAAUGCCUACGGCAUUGCCAGGAAGAAACCCAUCAUCAACGCUAACACGUAAAAUAAGUUCACCAACAAUAAGACACAGUUCAACUAUAAAGUCAACGAGUGAGACAGGGCACUUAAAUAAUGCAACAUUGAUUGACGAUUCAAACUUUACGCAAAGUUGGAAAACGGACUCCGGUUUAACUACUGAGUCAGUACUUACUGCGGAACACUCUGAUACAACGACCGAAAUUUUAAACACAAAACUGCUAUGGAAUUCGAGCUCGAGUUCAACUGUUAAAACAAUAACUGUGGCGGACCACUCCAAUACAACGACGACAUUGCUAUGGAAAUCAAAGUCGAGUUCAACUGUUAAGCCAAUAACUGAGAUGGGCCUCACUGAUAAAACGACCGAACUCUUCAACACCACAUCGGUAUUGAAUACAAACUCGAGUUCAACUGUUAAGCCAAUAACUAAGAUGGGCCACUCCGAUAAAACGACCGAAAUCUUCAACAUCACAUCGAUAUUGAAUACAAACUCAGGUUCAACUAUUAACCCAACAACUAAGGCGGAGUACUCAGAUACAGCCGAUAAGAUAAACACCACACAAGUAUGGAAUACAGACACUAGUUCAAGUGCUAAGCCAGUAACUGAGACGGAAUACUUCGAUUUAACGACGGCAGACUACAAUACAAACUCGGGUUCAACUGUUAAGCCAGUAACUGAAGCGGAAUAUUUCAAUACUACGAAGAAUAUUUAUUUGAACACCACACAUUCAUUGAAUACAAAUUCGGAUGCAACUGUAACAUCAAUACGAGAGGCGGACAAUGCCAGUAUAACGACCGAAAUGCCAAAUACCACACAAGAACGGACCAAAGAAUCAGAAAUGAAGAAGAGCUCACAUAGAGAAGUCUACAUUCCAAUAAUAACUACCAUCAUCAUUUUGGCUAUUCUGUUAACUCUGUGCAUUUUGAUACGGAGAUGGAGAAGGCAAAAAGAAAGUAUCAGUGAUGAUGACUUACCUGUCCAACUACGCUACCACACGAAAUGA